AUGGCAAGUGCCAGCGUUAACAAAGAUCGCAUCCCGACUGAACGCUUUCUCGAUCUCGUUGAUGAACCACUUGAUGAUUUAGCCCCAAUCAAAGGUUAUGAAAAUGCUGACUUGGUCUCUCUACAAGACUCGAUCGAACCGAUCGAGCAUCUACUUGACAAUGUUGCAGCUGAUAUUUGGAUUGCAAGAAGAAAAUGCAAGACGCUACUUGACGGUUUGACCAUCGAUGAACGUGCAGCUAUCUACUUGUACAGUAUGGAUUCACUUUAUCGACAACUAAAUGCUGCUCUUCGCGAUCAGAAUCGUGAAAAACUGAUCCCUUGGUUCUUGUAUCUAAAGUUAUAUCUAACAGCACUUUGGAAGUUACCCGAUGAGAGAGGAACGAUAUGGCGCGGAGUUAAAGCUGAUCUUAGUAACCAAUUUAAAGAACGUGAAACAUUCAUUUGGUGGGGGUUUAGUUCGUGCACCACUUCACUCCAGCAGGCUGAAUUAUUUCUUGGUAAAACAGGAAAACGAACACUAUUCAACAUUGAUUCUUUACACGGCAAGUUAAUUCAAAAUCAUUCCCAUCAUCCAAACGAACGUGAAGUUCUGCUCUUACCAUGCAGUUAUUUUCAAGUCUUGGGUUGCAUUGAUCAAGGUCAUGGUUUACGUAUCAUUCAUAUACGGCAACUUGACCCGCCAGUAGCAUUGAUACGACCACCGUUUAGUACACGUGUAGGAAACCAGCAAGUCUUGCAUACAACAAGCAAACAUAAAUCACAGAAAUCUGACACCGUUCUUUCUGCAAAUACAAAAUGUGAAUCUUCUACUUAUGGAACGCAAACUUUAUACGUUUUGAAAGAAAAACCAAGAUUACGGCUGCGUAUUGAUGGAUACAGAGAUGUCAUAACUGCCAAUGAGAAAUAUUUGAUAUAUUGCCUCGAAAAUGAGUUUUGUGUUGUCGAUCAAUAUGCACGAGAAAAACUGAAGAUUGGACAUGAUUUUAAUCGUAUACACGAUAUGUGUUGGUCAUCGUUUCUUAAUCGAUUUCUUAUUUUGGUUGGACAAAACCUGUAUGCAUUGUACGUUGAUAAUAUUGAUCAUCCAAUUAGAAUCAUGAUGGAGUUUUCUGAAAUGAAGUAUUCUUGCACAUGUUAUGAAGAUACCUUUCUUGUAAAUAGUGUAGACAAACCGAUUAUCGAGGAAUAUAACAUGUCCAACUGGAAGUUAUACAAAACAUUCAAAGCACCUAUUCUGUGUGAUGUCGACGACGAAAUCUUGGAAAUAAGAUUCAAUAGUGAUGGUACACGUCUCGGUGCUUUGAUUAAGCAUCGCGAGAGAAAAAACGUUCCAUGUAUGUUCUCAUUUCAGUUACACAAUCCGUAUGACAAAAUGAAAAUACUUCAAACCGUGAAUCUUAGUCAAGAAUUCACUGGUGGCCUCCUUGCUUUGCCAAAACAACAGUUUCUCAUUAGUUUCAUGUUUCAAGGUAAAUUCUAUUUAAUUGAUUCAAGUGGUCGACAUACAGAGACAAUCGAAUACGAAGCGGAAAGAAUUAGUGCAGCGACGUUGAUGAAUCAAAAUUGUCUUGUGAUAUAUACAGAUUUAGAUUUACUUCGAUUUUAUGAUUUAUGA